AUGGAGUCCCUAGUCAGGGACCCCAUUGGUCGUGGCCGCUGUCCUCGCACUCUACACCAUGGCUCGUUGGACCGCAAGGUCCUGGCAACCGAGCAGGGCCACCUCCCAGUCCUCUCUUAUGACGUGGCUCUCACCAACGACUACGCGGACAAUGUGCUGCACAUGAUGCGCAACGAUCGCGAUUUGCUGUCCGCGAUUGACCCACUCCAGGUGCCGGACUUCGGCGAGAACACGUUCCAGAUCACGGGUGGACAGGUGCUCGGUCUUUCCGCCUUCUACCGCUCCGGCAACAGCACCGUCCAGUUUUCGCAUGACAUGGCCAUCGUGACCACGCCAGCGGCCGUCAACGAUGUGUUCUUCACGGGCCGACAUCGGGCAUCGCGCUUCGGUCUUACAAUCAGCGGUGACAUCGAGGCUUCGGUGAACCGCGUGAACACGCUCAUCGUCUACCGAGCGCCCAUCAAGGGCGGAGAAGCCCGUCUCGAGUAUUUUCAGGUGGACAGAAUGGAUGGCCUAAAGGUGACGCGCAUCACGGGCGUGUCGUCCGCAUUCAACUGGCUGCUCAAGAUUGUAGCCAAUCGUGUGGCACGCCAUUUCCAGGGACGCAUCGAGACCACCCUGCAGGAUGAGGUCUCCAAGUUCAUUUCAACGCAGGUAGACCGGAGCCGCUUUCCAGCACUCUCCGGCAACGGCAGCUCGAUUUCAGGCGAGUCCUUCGCCUAUCCCAGUGCACCUUUCUGA